AAUCAAGCACAGUGAAGAAGUAUACGACCUAUAGAAAUCAUCAUUUGGCACUGAACAGAACAUCCAUUAGAUUCAUUUGUGAUGGCAUCUGAUCAGCCUACUUUACCUCCGGGUGACCCAGUUUGCCCUGGCUGUCAGGCAGAAGGGACCCUCCUGCUUCCCUGUGGACACAGCUUAUGCCAGUCUUGCUUGCAGCUUUGCCAGCAGGAGCUAGGGCAGGAGCAGCAGGGGUGCACCGAGUGUUAUGGCCGGGAUCUUUUCGACAAUGUUCUUAAGAGCCUUUUUGACUCAUUGUUCCAGGGUCAACCUCGACGGGUUGGUGCAGGAGCAGAACUUGGUCUGGGACUCAUCGGGGAAGACAGUGCUGAGACUGAGGAUGACAAGGUGUGCGUUAGACAUGGUGAGAGUUUGAGUUUGUUCUGCAUGGAGGAUGAAGAGCUGAUCUGUGAGCAGUGUCAAACAGAGGAGCAUGAGGGGCAUACAUGUAGUGGUACAGAGGAGGCAGUUCAAGAGUGCAAGACAGAGCUGAAGUCAGCACUGAGGUCCCUGCAGGACAAGCUCGAGACCAUAAAUACAGCAAAGCAAAACUGGCAGGAGACAGCUGAGCAUAUCAGGAAGCAGACCCAGCAUGCAAUGCGGAUGAUAAGGGCUGACUUUGAGAAGCUGCAUCAGUUCCUGCGAGAUGAGGAGGCCUCCAUACUCACCUCUCUAAAGGAGGAAGAAGAGCAGAAGAGUCACAAAACAAAGGAUAAAAUCGACAGACUGGCAGAGGAGAGUUCCUCCCUGAUAGAAAUCAUAAACUCCACAGAGGAAGCUAUGGUCUCAGAGGAUACAGAAUUUCUGAAGAAUUAUAAGAAGACAUCCAGAUGCUUCAGAGUCGAAUGCACACCACAGGAUCUCAAAGAGACAAGUGGCUCUUUGAUUGAUAUGGCCAAACACCUGGGCUGCCUGAAGUUCAGAGUCUGGGAGAAAAUGCAAACAGUCGUCACAUACACUCCAGUGAUCCUUGACCCAAACACUGCAGAUACAUGCCUCUCGCUGUCCGAUGACCUCACUGUUAUGCGCUAUACGGAUGAAGACCAGCAGGUACCCGAUAACCCUGAGCGUUUCUGUUACUACGAGUGCGCUCUCGGCUCAGAGGCCCUGGGCUCAGGACGCCACAGCUGGGACGUGGAAGUGGGUGACAGCAGUGAGUGGGCACUGGGGGUGGUGAACGAGAGCGUGCAACGGAAAGAGUGGUUCCCUCCCAGUCCUGAACGAGGCAUGUGGACUCUGUGUUACUACAGAGAUCACUAUAGAGCGCCGAAUGCCACAAGUGACCAACUUCCUGUGAAGAAGAAGCCACAGAGAGUGCGUGUACAGCUGGACUGGGAUGCUGGGAGGGUGACAUUUUCUGAUGCUUCAGAUAACACAAUGCUCUACAGGUUUAAAGCCAAGUUUACUGAGAAGCUUUAUCCGUAUUUCUCUAACACGUGUAAGAGGCAUCCACUACGUAUUCUGUCUGAGAAAGUGGCAGUGUACACUGAGUAGCCCAGAAACAAUUAAAAUAAAACAACACAGCAUGAAAUACAAGAUCCUGUAGCAGAAUAAAACCAUUGUAUAUGUGGAUGCAUGCAAGUCUUCUAGCCAACUGCUAUACAGUACCAAACACAGGGCAGUGAUAGCUCAGUGAUAAGGUACUGAUUAGAUAUUAGAAUGUUGCUGGUUCUAGCUCUAUCUCUGCCUAGGUUGCUACUGUGAGCCACUUAAGAAAGGCUAUUGACCCUUAAUUGCUUGGAUUGUAUUUAAGGAUAAAAGUAUCUGCUAAAUAAAAGCCUCCACUGUUCUGGGAAAGCAUCCCACAUUAUUUUGUGGAGUAUGUCUGUGAUUAUUAAGUAAAAAAUGUAUUUAUGAGGUCAGGCACUAACUUGGACUCACAAUCAAUGUUUCAAUUCAGUGUCACUGAGGUCAGAGCUCAGUGUAGACCGCUGGAGUUCCUCCAUUUUGAUCAAAAAGGCACAGUCAUACUGACACAGGUAAGGGGCUUACUUUUGCGUAGUUCACACUACACAAUUUUUGCCCUGAUUUUCGCUCGCUGACUGGUCGACGCUAGAUUUGCCGGCUCGGGAGCAACUCGGCGUUCGCUCGGCGAUCAAAACUCGGCUCUCAAUCGCUAUGUGUGAACUGCUCAACAACUCGAUCCAUGACCGAGGAGAGAUAUCUAGCUUGUCAAAUAUCUGGAUCUGAGUUGCCCGAUGGGCAAUGAGUUCUAUGUCGAACAGCCAAUGAGAAUGCAAGAUACGGUGUGAGGGGAAACGCAGGGGAGUUGUAAAAAGGUGGGACAGGGGCAUAAUAUAGUUUAUAUUAGAAUACAUCGGCACACACACAAGUUAUACAGUAUUUCUGACCUUAUCGUUCUCUACAUAACAUAACACCAACGUUGCACUGCAAAAAAAUAUUUAUUAACCAACUAUUAUCCAAUAUUUAUUAUCCAACUCACUAUAGAACAAUCCAUGCUGUUCCUAUUUUUCCUACUUGUUUUUACGCUGCACAUCAGUGCACAAACUUUGAUCGCUCGCUACUUGUUGAUGUGCAUUUUUUGGACGUGGUAUCAUUUAACUCCUCGUCACUUCUCGCGUUUGUUUUUGUGACAAAACGUAGUUUGGGAGACCAGAGAAGCUCGCCUGCGAUUCCAGUUGGUGAUAGAUGGUGUAGUGUGAAAGUCACACCGACUUGAAAGACUCCCGAUUACAAGAGAUCCAGUUGUGUAGUGUGAACUGUACAUCCACCUGACGACUUGGAAAGUCAUGUAGAGUGAACUUGGCUUUAAACAAGUUGAGAGCACAUCAAUUAUUUACAUUAUUACAUUAUGUAUUUUAUAAAUCUGGUAGCAAAUAGUGUUUAUCAAAUGAACUUAAAAUUUAGGAUGGCUGUCCACAUACAUGUGACCACUUGUGAACAUACAUCAAAUUAGUAUUAUUAAUCUGGCAGUGUAAAAAGUUUUAAAAAUGUUAAUUACCUUCGUGGCAUAGACUACUAGUCAUUAUGUCAGUGAUUAUGAUAGACCACAGCCAGGAACUUUACUUUAUCCAGGUAAAAAGAGCUUGUAUGACUGCACCUUAGACUGAGCCCUGCUGAAUGGGAUGUCCAACAUCAGGUCAGGUGUCCACAUACUUUUGGAUCAUAUAGUGUACAAUACACUGCUCAAAAAUUUAGGAAACACUAAACAAAAGAUUCAAGUCUUUACUGAUAUUAUUGAUGCAAUGUUGUAUGUUGAAAGCAAAUUAUUUUUAAUUUAAUUUUAUUUAUUUAACUUAAAUCAACAAAAUCACCAGCCUACUCAGGCCUGGAUUAAGGGUGUGUUUGAAAACCUAGGGAGCUCUCUACUUAGACAGCAUUUUACGCCAUCCUAUGCGCGCUCCCGAGAAGUAGGCUGUUCGAAAUCCUAGAUGCCUUAAUAUGCUCACUAGUAAGGUAUCUUAAAAUGUCAACGGUAUUUUGACUCAAGAAUGAGUAAGCAUCCGAUGCUGCCUUAGUGGUGAAGGCAAUCCCAGCAUCCAUUGCGGCACAACUUUUCUCACAGAAAAAUAAAAAAACAUGACGGACAGUGCGGAGAAACGAAUGGAGUUAUUUUCAAAUGUAAAUAAAUUAUUAUUGAUUUUUAAUUUGUAUAAACAUGUACAAGUGUAUUUAUUUGCAAAUUCGGGCUUGUCAGUGAAUUUAACCAUUUUUGGUACACGGAGGGAGAUGCUAGGACGUUGUGUGACCUCAUCCCAUUGGUUUGAAUGGCAUGCGGCUAACGGUUUUAGCUUAGCAAAAAACGGACGGAAUCGCUGUCUUAGUAGUGUGUUUGAAUAACCUGCCUUAUAAGUCAAUGACUUAUUAGAAUCCUCUCUACUUAGGCAGCUGUCUAUGUAGGCAGUAAGACAGCAAGGCAGCUCACUAGGUUUUCGAACACACCCAUAAGUAAAACAUUAAAAUCACAGGCUGAUCCAAUUCAUGUAAAUCUCAUUACAGCAACUCAUAAUAUGUGACUCAUUAGUGUGUAUCAACAACAUCUGAAACAUGCUCCUGAUCAGAUGGCGGAUGGUGUCCUGGGGGAUCUCAAAUGCCAAUCGAGGUGCACAGUGCUGAGCUGUGAGCACAGGUCCCACUAGAGGGCGUCAGGCCCUCAUGAGACCCUCAUAAAGUCUAUUUCCAAUAGUUAGGGCUCUGGCAGUUCUCCUUUGUUUCUCCUUGCAGGAAGUAGCAGAUACCAGUCCUGCUUCUGGCUUCUACAGACCUGUCUAGUCCAUGUAAUAGCCCAUAUCCUGGUAUCUCCUUCAUGCUGUUAAGAGUGUGCUGGGAUGCACAGCAACCCUUCUUGCGAUGGCAUGUAUGGAUGUGCCAUCCUUGAGGAGCUGGUCAACCUGCGCAACCUCAAUGGGCAGCAGGUACCACCUCAUGCUACCAGUAGUGACAAGGACACUAGCAAAAUGCAAAACUUGCUGUUGCCUCUCCAGUGCACCUGUUGUCACUUUCGAUUGCACCACAGCAGGUGAAAUUCACAAUCAUUUAAGCUUCCCUAUACUGGACAGAUUGAUAUUCCUGAAGUUUAACUGACGAUGUUAUACUGUGAUGAUUAAGUGUUCCCUUAAUUUAUGGAAGAAUGUAUGUCCAAAUCCUGUAACUGUGCUGCACUCACUCUACCCACUGUGCCAUAAGAACUAAUAACUUUUAAAUGUGUGCACUUAGCAUAAAUUACUAGGACAAAUGAACAGUGAAUGUAAUGUAAAUAAAGACAGGUUAAUAAUCA